AGAAGAACACAUACAUUGUAGGUACCGGAUGUUGAAGACUGGCAAGCUCCUUCAGCCGAGCAGUGGUAGCUAAAUAAUGCCAAUUUAACCGAAUUUCUUGCAUAUGUUAUGUGACAGUAGUUAAAUGAUUUAACUGCUUCUUAUAUCAAUUCGUCCAUCUACUAUAGAGUUUGGCCAACUGGCUUGUCAAGUUGUUUUGCCCGGCAGCAAAGCUACGGUCAAAGUUAUACAGUGUUAGCAACUAGCUAACGUUAGCCACAUUGGAACAGCUGAUGCAUUUGGUGUUGCAGAGAAUACCGUUUAAAAAUAUAUAUAUUAACAACAGGGACUUUUGUAUGAGGUGUGAAACUGUUAGAUGGCUGCCCGACAACCCUUCACAGAUUUAGACACUGCCGACGAAGCAGUGAGGUCGACUUGUGACGAUGCAACGACAUGCAAAAGAUAUGCAACCAGUAAAGGCUACUGGACGGACCCCUAUGUCCAGUAUUUUGUGAGGUCGGUAGGGGAACGAAAAGCUCCAGAAAUUAACAGAGGCUACUAUGCCCGCGUGCAGGGAAUGAACCACCUCCUGGAUGCCUUCCUCAGGAAAACAAAGUGUGACUGUCAGAUAGUGAACCUGGGGGCAGGGCUGGACACCACUUUCUGGAGGCUAAAGGAUGAAAACCUCAUGCCUAGAAAAUACUUUGAAGUUGACUUUCCAAUGAUUGCUGCCAGGAAAAUACACAACAUAAAGACAAAACCACCACUGUCAAAACCUCUCAUUGAGACCCACUCCACAGACUCACUAUUACUAGAUGGCCACAGUCUAGACUCAGACAGGUACUGCAUCAUCGGUGCUGACCUCAGGGACAUCCCAGGCCUAGAUGACAAACUGAAGAAGUUCCACCUCAACCCAGAGUUGCCUACGUUGUUCCUGUCAGAGUGUGUGCUGGUCUACAUGACUCCAGAUCAGUCAUCCAAGCUGGUGAACUGGGCCUCAGUCACCUUCCACACAGCCAUGUUCGUCAACUAUGAGCAGGUGAACAUGCUAGAUCGUUUUGGCCAGGUGAUGAUUGAGAAUCUGCAGCGUCGUCAGUGUAAUCUGGCAGGAGUGGAGGUGUGUCAGUCACUGGAAUCGCAGAAGGAGCGCUUCCUAAAGACGGGCUGGGAGAAUGCAGAUGCUCUGGACAUGAUGACUGUGUACAGUGUUAUACCUCAGGAUGAUGUGGCAAGAAUAGAGCGUCUGGAAUUUCUGGAUGAGAAGGAACUUCUGCAGCAGCUCCUCCAACAUUACAGUAUCUGCUGGGCCACCAAGGACAAGCUCAAGCUAGGACUCUCACAAGUUGCUUUCUGAACCUGGACUGGACCGUCUGUCUUAAGCCUGUUUCUCUGUGCCAUGAUCAACACCACCAUGUAAGGAAGAAGGAACCUGUUAACAUCAGACUCCAGUCCUGUCUGUCUUUGUUUCAAAUAAAGUGGGAAACUUCUGGCAUCAGCAGAAUUCUACUUAAUGUGUUUCCUUUGCAUCCCAUAAGUGCACCCACUGUCUCCCAGUAUGUUUUUGUGAAAGAAAAGAGAAGUUUGUGCUGGAAGUGUGAUAUGAAUGACAAGACACUGGAAAGGACAGAAUCCCUAGACUUCAUUUCAUUGUUUCUAAUGUACCUUCAGACAACAUUGAGCUGGAUGUUAGAGAAAGUACAAGCCAGGUACCGGUCAAGUUUUUAAUGUGCCAUUGCUGUUUUGUGAACUAAAAUGUUUAUUUAUUAAGACAAUAGAAAUGUUUUGCCAAGACUGAUAAUUUCGUACAAAUAGAAAUGGAAAGUUGAUACAUCGAAUGCACUUAAAGAUUUCUUUGAUUCAAUUAGGAAAUUGCUGGAUUUGCAAUAGCAAUAUAUACAUUUGCAUGUAACAAGGAUUCUAGUCUGAAAGAAAUAGGAAUGGCAUUUUCAAUCAGAGCAAACUAAUUUCAAGUCCUUGCAGGUGAUACAACAGUACCAAUGACACGACAAUGCAGGUCUAUAGAGGUUGAAUAAAGCUGUUAAUAUGUGUUUGAA